UCCUAGAUGGCUCCAGUAAACUUUCGUGUCUUCGCUAAGUUUUUCUGGUAAUAGUUUAAUACGAUCAAAGAUGAGAAUAUUGCACCUUUUUCAAUAAAUAUCAAGAGAACGGGAAAUUUAAACGUUUAGUGGUGAUAUUAGUUAAUAAAUUUUUGCCUCAAAAUGAACAGAGUAAAGUUUUUCAAGAAAUUUCUGAUGCCUUGUGGACUCUGCGCUGCAGUGCCAGUGGUAAAGCCAGCAUCUCCGCCACCAGAUUGUCCAGUGGACUGUAGUAAAGAUUCGGCACGGAAAACAUUGAUACGACCAUCCGAACUACCUAUUUAUUCCCUUGAGGAGAUUUGUGCUAAAGAGAUCCCAUGCCCAGAUGAUUGUCCUCCAACAUUUUUAGAACAAGGUUUCGGAGUGAUUCGAAGAGCUGUUCAGGAUGUUCUUGUUGAAGUUAACGUCGUCAAUGAUAAAGUCAGUGACACCGUUAAUACAGGAUUAGAACAUAGUCAACUCAUGUUGGAUUACCUGCAACAAGAGAAUAGCACCCUUCCUCGGUUGGGAGCUGUUAGCGUCGGUGGCUUGACUGGAUUGAUAUUGGGCCUGAGGGGUGGUAAAUUUAAAAAACUAGUAUAUACUAGUACAGGUGCUUUAACUAUGGCAGCUGUAUGUUAUCCAAGGCAAGCUCAAGAAGGAGUGGAUCUUGUGAAACAUUACGUGAACAUAAGUUAUAAUUUUGUUUACGGCAUCAAACCAGGUGACAAUGAUCAGCUGCAAAUUUCAUGGCCUGAAUUACCAAAGUUAAAGUUACCAACAAAUUUAUCAGAAAUUACUGAACUAGCAGUUGAUACAGGUUCUGCUGCAGUUGAACUUGUUAGUUCUUUAGCUGGCAAAGCAAAGGAAAUACUUAGUAAUGAAGAGAAUAAGCAAUCUGAAGCUUCUAAACCUAAGGACCAAUAGCUUCAUUAAAACAGCAAAUUUUACUUCUUAUACCCGAUGAACUCGACCCAAAUUGAAAAUCAGUUAAUCAUUUGUACAAGCAAUGAUAGCUUAUCAAGUUCUGACUAUUACAAAAUUGGUAUUGACUUGAAAAUAAAGUGUACAGUAUGAUAAUAUUUAUUUUCAAGCAAUAUAUGUUCUGUGAGAUAUAAAA